AUGGAGAGGAAGGAGCCUUUGGAUUUCUUUUCUUACUUUUGUUUUGAAGCCUCCGGUGAUUCUGAAGAUGAUCCCAUCUUUGCUUGUGAAAUGACCAGAGCAUAUGGUGAUGAUGAUAAUGAUGAUGCUUUAUCCUGCAACUACGAAGGAUCCGGUGCUGUGUUCGACGAGGAAGAGAAUGAUGACCAUGACGAUGAGAUUGCCAAGAUGAGGGAGGAUGAGAAAAGUGGUGUUUAUGGAAUGUCAUACUGUGAAGAUGAUGACAUGGAAGAAGAACACAUGAAGUCCCAUGUUUCUUUCGAUUCAGGCCACGAGUUUGUGGAUGAGAUGGAAAAGAACAGGCUCUUCUGGGAAGCUUGCUUGGCAUCUUGA